UACACGAGCGCGUCGUUUGCAUGUAUACGUGCACUCUCUCUUUCUUUCUUUCUGAUGUUGAGGAGAGAAUGUAUCGAGGAAGAUUGAAACUAAGCAUGUAUAUGGUUUUCCUACCCAGAACUUAAGUUCUGGGAGUUAACUCGGUUCAUCGUUGGCAUCGCAGUCCAGUAUAGCCGACACUCGUGGCCACGAAGAGUCCACGAGUGCCGCCAUUUAUCCGAAGAUCAAUCUUUCUGUAUUGCUCCGAGAAUUGGAGGUUUCGUUCUUGGAGGUCGUUUCACCGUGAAUCAGUUUGCACGUGAUUUCUGUUGAAGACUAUACGGAAUAGUGCACGUGCGCCGAGCGAUGUGCUUCGAUUUGACGUUUCUUUUUUAAUCCGUCGCGAAAAAUGAAUCUUCGAUAUUCGAAAUUAUAAAGAGUUUAAAUGGAAAAUGGAACGUUUUCUCGUCAGAAUGUCAGAGAUUAAGGUACCCUGACAGUAUUUGUUGAAGUAUAAACUUGACGUCGGUGAAUUCGUAUGUUUUCGGUAGUGAUUAGUGAACUUGUUGUAAUUUGAGGAAAGCAACGAGUUUAACGAUGCCACGAAAUCUUCAGCCUAUUCAGGAAUGUAAUUCUGAAAAAUCAACCAGCAAUGAGCAGAACGACAAGGACAGCCUGAACGAGAUGGGCAGCACAACGGGUGGCACAGUGGAGGGUGCACCUGGAGGUGCUCCUAACAGGGGCGAGAGGAACCCCGAAAACGAGGCUACAACCGUCGAGAUGACGAGGACCUCGGUUCCUUCUAGGUCUUUGGUCUCCAGGUUUUUAUCCAGGACACGCUCCACAAACGAUCUGUUGGACCACUCCGAACCCUUUUCGCAACUAUGGAUCGUUUUAUCGAACGUUUACGGUCAGCUUGUCAUCGUGCUGAUGAUUGCUCUGUGUUUGGCCGAGGUCAUGGACACGCCUGUUCCUCUACUCAGUCUUCAAGGAGUGUUCCUGAUGUACCUGUACGUUGGAAGCAUAGCGGUGAUCAUCAGUAUCUAUAUUUGGGUGUUAGUGGACAGCUGUGGAAGUCUCGGUACCGGUGCAGCUGGCGUCGACGACGCUGAACUCGGUGGUGCAUCCUUAACCAGGUUCGGCUCGUUGAAACGUGCUCACAUCUCGCGAUCUAGAACAGCACCGACGAGUUUUUACAUUCGUGUCGGAGCGCUCCUAUUCGGUUUGGCAACACUCGUAUUCAAUGGUUUGGAAAUGGCGAUGCACUCGAUGAUGCAAGGCGCUGAAUGCUUGAGCGACGUGGUUUUCGUGCAUCCGGUGCUUCAUGGACUUUUCACGUUCUUGCAGAUGCACUUUCUGUUCGUAAAUUCACAGGUGCUAGUAGAAAGAUUUGGACUAGCAGCGAGGUUCGGGUUCAUUCACCUGGCAGCGACGAACAUCGCGGUUUGGGUUCGGUUAGUAAUCUGGGACUCCGCUCAAGAAUGGACAUACUUCGUUCAUCUGGCGCAACGUGGUUUGCACAACUCUGUGACUCCGUUGAAUCUUCGAGGCUUUCCAGAGUCGCUGAUCAGACAUACUCGAGAUUUGAUAGAACAUCCCUCAAACGAGAAAGAAAUAUACCAACCGUAUCAACCGAUUUCGAACGAGCAGAUCUCUCAAGUGAUCGCCUUACAAGAAUGCUUAAACACCAACACUCUGGGUCAGUUGUGGACAUCGAGUAUGCCAUUUCUUUACCCGUUUAUCGUGCAGUUCAGUUUGAUCGCUGCUGCCGUGACUUUCGUGAUGGGUCAGAAUGUGGGUAAGAGUCGGUUGAUGCACAAGCAGAAGUUCCACGGUAGCAAGGAUGUGGCUAGUCACACCAAAGUGGGCUGCGACGGUUCCAGCAAAGGUUUAUUUCUGGGCAUACUCUGCAUGGUUGCUGUCAUAGUGGUGAUACUGAUCUUCCUGGUCGUCAGAGAAGACGAACACUUUCCUUCUGCCACGUUGUCCUGGUUGACCUGCGGCACCUUGACGAGUAUUUUAACUCUGAGUACUUUGAUGACUGCCAGCGGUCUCGUUCAAAUUCGUCAGAUGUCCGUAGUGAGCAGAGCACCGGCAGCGUUGGACAGUUUGUUAUCGAACGUGGCCUUGUUCGGGGUGCAAUUGUACUCCAUUUUCACGAUCGUGGUUUGUGCUUGUUCGCUGGUCCUCCUGGACGAUGAGUACGAGACUCGCGGGAGACAUAUCAUGCUGCUCAUCGCGUCCAUACUGCAACUGGUCCAGUGUUUCGCUCAGAGUACUCUGAUAGCAGAGGCGUCGAAGAGAUCUUGCAUAACCGAUUUCCAGAUACUAGAGAAACCGGCCAGGCAAGUGAUCACUUUCCUGCUGUUCAGCAACUCCGUCCUGUGGGCCUUCGACACGGUGAUUACGCAGAAUUGGAUCUCGCAAGAACUGCAGUUGAGAUUCUUCGGAGUGCUUGCCUGGGGAGUCAUAUCCAGGGUCGGACUGCCGUUACUGAUCUUCUAUCGAUUCCACAGCUGCGUUUUACUCUUGGAAGCAUGGAACAAGUGUUAUAGAAUGCCAAGAGGAGAGCAUCCGCUCAACUGACGACACAGAACGCUGCACCCAUGUUCCUCUAGAUUGCAGCCGAGAUCGCACCGCUCCUAUUGCCACAGAAAGCUGACGAUUAAUCUGGACCAGGACAACGAAUGGUCCCCCACGAUCCAGAGAUCCCCAAAGAGAUUAUUCAGCCCGAAUUUGUGGACAAUGAAUUCGGUGCAUUUCGUUCCUUUCGUCGACAAUCGGCUCUAUUUCGACCCGAACUCUUUGUUUCGCAUUACGUCAGUGCCUGUGGAUCCGCUGAACUUGGAGCACACCGUACAACCGUCCAGAAGAAAGUUGCAUCGUCAUCAUCAUCAUCAUCAUCAUCAUCACCAUCAUCAUCAUCGUCGUCAUCAGAAGAGGCACCGACGCGUGGUCAGUGAUCCGGGCAUACGAAAUUGGAACACCGGUGAUCAAGAAGUGAAACGACAUCGUAGAAUUUUUAGCUACGACACCGGUAUCACUGGACUGAGAUUGGUGGAGACACCGGUAGCCGAGGCUGACAAGGAGGUUCUAUCAGCUGACGAGACGAAAACGUCGACAUUCAGGAAAGUGCCAUGGCAUCCGAACUUGCACAUGCUCAAAAUCAGAAGAACGUAGCACGCUAAAAUGACGUGGGUCGUUAGAACGAUUCGACGUUGAGCACGUAUUUCUUUCGAACAUUUGGACGAGUUGAUCGUUUUGUUAUACGCUUUUCACUUUUCAAACGUAACGGGGUGGAAUGGAGUCAAAUUAUUCAAUUCGAGUCAAUUGUAAUAUAAAACUUAUAGAAUUUUCAAAUCCCUGAUUCCCCAGUUUAAGGAGUUCAUCUACUAUAAACAACGAAUUUGAUCUAUUAGGUCGCCAGACGUUAGAUCACGCCACGGUAUAUCACCGUAUGUACCUGUAAUAGAUGAAUAUUAUAUGUAACUGUAUUUUCCAGAGUCACUCCAAUAUGGUGAGUCAUUAUUUUUAUAUCAAUCCGUGGUCAGUUAUAGCUUAGUCACAGCGAUUGUUUCAUAAAGAUUGAAAAUCGGGAUGUAGGUGAAAAAUGUAAGAAGAGAAUCGUUGAGUUUUGUGGAGGCAGGUAGUUGUUACUAGAAUAAUUCUGCGAGUAUCAAAACGUAACAAUUAUCCCUAAGAGUACAGUACCUUUUUUAUCAUUUUACGUGCAAUAUUAUCGUUUGUAAGAAAGUUACACGUAGGAAUUUAUUUAUUGUGCAAGUCAUGCAGAUAGUGCGUUAACUAUUAGCCAUCAAGGUUGCGUUACUCUUUAAGUCGUUGGAUAUAAGAGACACAACGAUGCAGCUCCGUCUUUUUUAAUUUUUUUUUUGUUCUUUUAAAGCAGAACUAUGUGAUCAUCGUUAAACGAACAAUACUAUUUUUUGUAUAUAUUUAUUACGAUUGUUCUGUGGUGAAUAAGAACUGCUGAUAUUUAUACAGAACUAUAUGAUGUAUUUAUUGAAAUCACGGUACAUCGUAUGGUAGUUUAUGCUUUCGACAAGUACAUUAAAAGCGAUGUAUUGUUUGUUGGAUGCCCAACUAAUAUUAUCCAUUCGAUGUUCAUGAAAUUAUAAUAAAACUUUUCUCGUUACGAAUCGAAUACUUUCUUUAACACAUAAUAUAUUUUUUACUAAAUAUAAUUAAGCGAAAAGCAACAUGUAUCAUUCAUGGCACCUAAUCCGUCAAAAACAUGCUGUAUCACUCUACAAAUAUAUACAAUUUAUAUUUUCCGUGCUGUUUAAAAUUAACAAUCAUUAAUCAUUUGAUAUUAACAACUAAUUUCAUUCAUACGUAAUUCUUUUCAGCAUUGAAAUAUUGUUUGAAGAUCUUUAACAUGUUAAGAAUACAAUAUCUCGAUCGAGGCGAAUUGGACAAAACGUUUACAAUAUGUACGUAAAACGCUUAACCUAAUAACGUGAUGCUGAAUCUAGCGUUGAAUAAGAAAACUUAAAAAAACAAUAAAACUUUCCUUCGAGAAACUGACUUUAUCACAUUGGUAGUUAACCAAUCAGUAAAGUUGUAUAUACGAAAUAAAAUUAAAAAGAAAUCACACAUAUUACACAACGGUGCAAUAAAAAUAAAUCUUGCUAUUAGUUAUUCCAGUGAUGGGCAAAUGCACUCUUGAAAGGCACUUGCAAGCGAUAUGUUCUUGCAGGUAUCGAUGGGCAGUGAAUUUUCCAGUGAAAAAAUUGUAGAAUCUUUAAUUUAUAGACUUUUAAGAUCUAUAUUUGUGUGGAAACAUUACUACGCGUGCCGUAUACUUUAUCUACCCAUCACUGACCUAUCUAAUACAACAAACAACUAAACGUGAAAGCUUACUUAAAAGCACAAAAACAGUAAAAAAAAAAAA